AUGUCGGAACAGGGGAGGAGGGUGCGCACAUUCUUGAAUAGACUCGGGAAGAGAGUCAAGCCUCGAGAAAGCUUAGGAAGCUUAAGUCGAGUAAGUCCUCUAGAAGCCAGUGAGCCUGUCUCGAUUAUACAAAAUGGCCUGCACGAUAUGGAGUCAUACGGUCUCUUCGAGUUUCCUGCCCGGCCAGGUAUUAUUGCCGUCCACGGCCUUGGAGGGAGUUGGCGGACGACGUGGAGUUCUGACAAUAGCGAAGACCCUGCUAUAUGGUUACGUGACCGACUACCAGAGGUCCUAGCCCGUAUUAAUGUACGGCCCCGUAUACAGGCUUUCGGCUAUGACGCCUCUUUCGUAUUUACGUCUUCCACGUCCGACCUUGACUCUGGCGCACAAGAUCUACUUACUAGAAUACGCAUAACAAGACAGACAGAAGAGGAAAUGCGGGCCCCUAUUAUAUUUAUCGCGCAUAGCUUAGGUGGACUUAUUGUUAAAUUAGCUAUCAAUAUAGCACACACGGAUGAUGAAUACUACCAAGAUAUUCUUAGAAAGACAGCCGGUUGCUUAUUCCUUGCAGUUCCAUUCCAUGGUGCCGAUGCUGCCUCUUGGGCCGUAUUGGGUUCCCGUAUAGCUAGCGCCCUGUCUCUAGGCAUGGCUGGAAAUCCGGGAAUACCAGGCGCUCUGGAAAGGAAUUCGAAGGACUGGAUGAAAAUUUAA